AACCACCCCGCCAACCUGCCGCAAUGACUGAAAAUCCCGAAACCAGUGACUUCAAUCGCCUCGCCUGUAUCAUUCCCCAUCCCCAGUCAAUUUCCCCCGACAGCCCUAAGUCGUGUCGCACCGGGGAGGUGGGCUUGAACCAUUUUCGCAUUUAAGGGACAAGCAUGAGUGCAAAUGCCUCGGAAUAUGUCAAAACCCCUUGCAUCGUUCGAGCAAGAUGAUCAACGACAUCCUCAGCAUUCGCAAGGGAAGAAGAGAGACAAUUGGCGAGGUUUGCACCAAGAUGUUCCAGCGUGCCAAUCCAGGUAUCCUUAAUGCUCCGGCACCAUACAUCCCGAGCGUCGCCCAGCUCCUCGCACUCGCCCAGCGCCCCUCGGCGCAGUUCCUAGAUGAUCUCGCAGUUGCUUUCGCCAACAAGAAUACCCUGAAUGCAGAGGAUGCAGCUGAGACUGUUGACUAUUUUCUUCGACUCUUGCCAGUCUUCCAUGACGUCGUCAGCAGAACUGGCCCGCUGCCGUACAGCCAGGCAAUGUCCCGAGUUCCCGGCGAGCCAAGCUCUUCCAGAUCACUAGAUGAUCAAGAGGCGCUGCAGCCACUACAGGUUCCAACACCUGCAAGCGAUGGGAACGCGGCUCUUGCGUCACCACCAAAUGACUGUAUAUAUGUGGGGGGUGAUGAGAAGGUGACUGCUUGGCAGGAACAUCACGACUUCUUCGAGAAGGCAUGGGCUGGCCACUUCGGCUACCAAGCCGACGGUUAGGGUGUGAAGGGAACAGGGUGGCAAUAUAAUUCUGUGAGCUGUGUAGAAUAGUUUGCCACAUAUAUGUUCCCGAGCCACAGGGCUCGUCCUGUCAUUACCGAUAACA